CACAACAGAGUCCGCAAAUCUCUUUGCCACACCUUUUCUCCACUUUCUCCAGAAGAAACUAUAUAAGCAAAUGAAUCAUAUUUAUCAUCCCCGACCCUCUCACGCGCCCAUUUCUUACGUGCAAGCCACGUCCCAAUCAUCACUCAGACCUUAUGGGACCCACGUCAUUCUGAACCACACCUCCCUCAUUCGUGCUUCAGACUAUCCGCCGUUGAAUUCAGAAAAAAAUUGCCCUAGUCAUCUGCGAAACUCCUCUCUCCCUUUCCUUAUCUAUAUCCAGCAUCAUGAACCGCCGUUUACGAUUCCGAUCACCUCCUUCGAUCUCAUUCAUUUAUUUUCCAAUCGGCGGAGCUGCGGCUCUAUUCUCUAUAAAAUCGUCAUCCUUUAUCCGAUCCGCCACUCGCGGUUUUCUAAUUCGUAAGGGUUAAUAUGGAGCCUAUGGACAUCGUUGGUAAAAAUAAGGAGGAUGCUUCGCUUCCAAAAGCAACUAUGACAAAAAUUAUUAAGGAGAUGUUGCCCCCAGAUGUCCGUGUUGCUCGAGAUACUCAGGAUCUUUUGAUUGAAUGUUGUGUAGAGUUCAUUAAUCUUAUCUCAUCAGAAUCAAAUGAAGUUUGUAAUAGAGAAGAGAGACGAACAAUUGCACCAGAACAUGUACUCAAGGCUUUGGAGGUUCUUGGCUUUGGGGAAUAUAUUGAAGAAGUUUAUGCUGCAUACGAACAACACAGGCUAGAGACCAUGGACACGGUUAGAUCAGGGAGGUGCAGCAAUGUUGCUGCGAUGACCGAAGAAGAAGCACUAGCUGAGCAACAGAGGAUGUUUGCUGAGGCACGUGCAAGGAUGAAUGGCAGUGCUACAGUUCCCGCAAAACAGCCUGAUUCAGAAGCACUAGCUGAGCAGCAGAGGAUGUUUGCUGAGGCACGUGCAAGGAUGAAUGGCAGUGCUACAGUUCCCGCAAAACAGCCUGAUUCAGAAGCACUAGCUGAGCAGCAGAGGAUGUUUGCUGAGGCACAUGCAGAGAUGAAUGGCGGUGUUACCAUUCCCUCGAAACAGCCUGAUUCAGAAGCGGACCAAAACUUGACUAGCUAAUUUUAGGACUUCUUUUUUAGUUCUGUAGGUUUAUCACAAGCGCAAACAUGAGACAGAACAUUGUGUUGGGAGGAUUUCUACUGUAAACAGUGACUGAUCCUUGGUUCUCUUCCUCUGAUUUCGUUGACCACUUGCUCAUUUUUCAAAAAGCCUUGAAGUUCCUAUACAUUGAUGGUCAUGUCGAUUAUGACGUAAAUACUUGUAUAUCUCUAAGACAAAACACUAAAUCCUAAACUAAUAAAAUUGGUAAGUAACCUACUACUAGGGUCUUUUAGUUUGAAGAAAAAGAAAAGUUAUGUUGAGAUUAGUUAUGUUAGAAUUAUUUAUCUUGGUAUUACAAUAUUUUUUAUUGACUGUUUGGUAUGUUGUAUUAAUUUUGGGAUUGUCAAUUUUAUUGCUUUAUUCAGGGAUAA